AUGCGAUCUGCGGACCUCAAUUCCGUGACGAAGCGCGAGAUGCGGCGCCAGCUUGAGGAACAGUUCGACAUGGACCUGACUUCUCGCAAGUCGACUACCAACGCCGCGAUCAAUAGGAUUUUGCUCAGUCAGGCACGAUUGAGCGAAUGUGCGUUGGGAUGUUACCCCCUCUGUGUCUUUUCCUCAACUGACUCUCCUCAUUGGUAUUUUGAGCCCUCGCGAACCGUUUCUUUAUUCAUAGCUUACCCUCCAUCGGACCUGACAACUGGUAUCAUCUCACGCAGUGGGAUCUCACCCCCCUUCCCCCUCUCUGUCAUCCAGUCAUUCGCAUCAGGACUUCGCACACUCUUUUCCCUUACAUCUCUCGUCCCUCUGACACCAAAACGUCGUGAUAAAUAG